UGCAGCCACACCUCGAGCAGCCGAGCCGCGAGCAGCUGAGCCGAGGGAAAGUGAGGCGAGGCGGCAGGACGGAGCGAGCAGUGCAGGGAACUCAGGAGCAGAAACAGAAAAAAGUCGAGGCCGAAGCUGCAGUCACUUUGGAAAACCACAUUUUGGAUUUUAAAAAGUAAAAGUGUGUAUCCUGUCUGAACGCCGGGUUUCUGGAUUGUGUAUCUGAGGGAAACCACCUGACGUCUUCCCGCCUCCACCUGCAGGACUCGCUGGAUUUUACGUUUUCCCGUUUAUUUUUGUUUGUUGUUCGGCCCGGUGGCUGCCGGCGUCCCGAGGAGCUCCCGUCCUUCCUGCUCGGUCUCUCCGUCGGGACGCUUCGUGCUGUUUGGGUUUGUCUUUUCCGGGCGGCGGUGGCUGGAUGCCUCAGGACUUCCCCCCCGUCUCAGCAGCUGCACUUCCCUCCCCGGCCUGCAGGGCGGCGGCAGAGAGCAGCCGGGCGCUGGAGAGGCGGAGGCUCGGCAUGAGCGAGUUCUGGCACAAGAUGGGCUGCUGUGUGGUGGCCAAGCCCCCGCCGAAGAAGAAGAGGAGGAAGAUAGACCGCAGUAUGAUUGGAGAGCCGACCAACUUCAUGCACCUCACACACAUCGGCUCUGGAGAGAUGGCCGAGGGACUACAGCCGUCAGGGUCGGUGCAGGAGCAGAUGAGGUCUAAAGGCCCCAGUAUGAACGGCAGGAACAGCCUCUUAUAGCCGGAGUGUAAAGAACCAACCCAGGCCAUAAAGACGACCCCCCACACAAACCACCAUCAUCACCUCUGAACCAAACAGACCACCUCGGACCCCCAGCCGGACCCCCAGCCGGACCCCCAGCCGGACCCCCAGCCGGACGGUUGGACCCCCUGCUGACCGAAGCUGAAGUGCCUUUGAGCAAGGCGCCGCACCCCCGCCCAGCCUGCAGGGGGCGCCGCUCUGCUCCGCCCAAAGAAAGAAAGACCGGAUUCUCCCUGUAGGAUCACGAACGCGCUCCCUCCUGUGCAGAUGGGAUUUAAUUUAAAGGAACAGUUACACUAAUUUUACACCAGCCUGGAUUAAAAUAAAUGAAUAAAUAAAUGAAUAAAUAAAGUGCUGGCCACCGGCUCGCAUGUUUGCCGGCUGGCUAGCUGCUGUGUGACCAGGAGGACUCCAUCUCCCAGCAUGCCUUUCAGGACCCCCUGCUUCACACACACAGCUGUUGUGUUGUGUCACAUCAGGAGAUGGAGGACUCGUCCAAAUUUUUUUUUUUAUUUCCAAGUUUAAAAUCCAGCGUGUCGCUUUAUCUUUCUGAAUGUGAACAUGCAAAUUAAACUGAAAAUUCAAACGUCUGUGUGCAGUUUGCCAUCAGAGCCAAAUCAACUUCUUGUAAUUCUUUGUAAUCGCCACUAGGGGGCGAUGUCAAUAUAUAUAUUUUUUCUCCUCAGUAAAUCCGAUAUGACAUGAACCUAGCAUUAUCAUCAAUCAUCAUCACUGGACUCCAUUUCCCAGGAUUCCUUUCUGCAUUGUUCCAGGUUUCACCGCACCCCAAAUAAAGACUACAUUUCCCAGAAUUCAAAGUGGCAUACACUCGACUGCUCUGUAUCCAGUUGAGGAUAAAAAUGUGACUACAUCGCCCACAAUCCCCUUCUGUAGAGUGAAGUCACCCCAAGACGGCGAUCGGGGGGGUCGUUCUGGAUUACUUCCUCACAGGACUUCAUUUCCCAGGAUGCUUCACUCCACCCAGCUCCAGAAGGCUGAGCGACUCAUUCGGCCUCCGCCGACUUCACACAGCUUGAUUUUAUUAUGAUCUUAUUUUGCUUUUCCACUCCUCCCACGCCCGCUUUCCAUUGGUCAACCCCAAAGAGAUGACAUCAUCGGACUUCAUUUCCCAGGAUGCUUCACUCUGCCCGGCCACACUGAUGACGAAUGAUCAGAGACUCUCACUGCAGAGGAGGGGAAAGUCCCCUGGAGUCCUGCCCGCUACACUGGAGGCUGGAUGAGACUGUGUGUGUGUGUGUGUGUGUGUGUGUGUGUGUGUGUGUGUGUGUGUGUGUGUGUGUGUGUUUCCCACCACCAUGACAUCAUGGUCUUAAUAUUCCAGCAGUUUGAAUAUAAAUAACCUCCUGAGUGUCUGAGGAAACGUCACUGUUUCCUGCAGGAAGUUUCCUUUCAUUUCAGUUUUUCUGGUUGAAAUCGUCGUUUUGUUUUGUGACAGUUUCUCUGUUCACCUGUUGACUACUCAAACUACGGCUCGGGGCUCCAGAACGGGUCGGCAGACAGCGACUUUUGGGCCCCUGGAUGUUUUAAGACGUCCCGCCGUGAGAGAUUACGCUCCCCACCGGGCGCCGGGACGAGAAAACAUGAGAACUUCUGAGUGAAUUUAAGAACUUUUGUUUGUUUUUUUGUCCUGAUUUUGCUUCGGCCAUCCGAUCAUUUCAUCCUGCAUCUGGAGGGGAAACCACCUCUCCAGUGUUUUAUUGCUUUUUAUCAAGUAUUAUCAUUAUUAUUUCAAUACGUCUCACAGAUUUUGUUCUCAGUCUCUUACUGUUUGUUGUUGGGUUUUUUUCGGGGAUUGGAAUGCAGAGAGUUUUCUGAGCGAUGAUGAACCCCAAACCCCCCCUUUUGUUUUUUCUUUGUUCCCUGAAUUUUCCCUCUGCAGCCGUUUUGCAUCCCGAACAUCAAACAGUCCCACAUGCUGACUUAGUGAAACGGGGAAGCAAAAUGGUGACGCGCACCGUGUGAGGAGGACAUGUGCCACUGAACAAAAAUAAACAAUUAAAAAUCAAGAGUUUGUUCCCAAAACAAUAUCUGCUUCCAUUUGGGAUUAAAAAAAAAAAAAAAAAAAAAAAAAAAAAAGUAAAAAGUGACAUCAACCAUUUUUUCCCGUCCGCGGUUUAAAGUUUAACCAAAUUUAUUCCACUGCUGUUUUUUGGAUCAUUGAUUGAAAAAAUAGAAUUUUAUAGUUUAACACAACUGAUUAUCCUCAAGUAAUUUAUAGUUUUUUGUUCCAAUCUGAGCUUACAGUACAGAAGUACAGAAAUUAUUUGGAUAUGAAGCAAAGUCAGAGUAAAUAAUCAAAUUGAUCUUCAUCACAUGGAGCUGCAGUUUUCUGAUUUGUCUGAUCAUUGUUGCUCACAGUGAAUCACAGUAACUCAGUUAUUAGAUCAAUAAAGAGGCAGAUGUACUUUAUUGAUCCCACAUCAGGAAAUGUUGCUGUUGAGGAGUGAUCUCAGUCUGUGUGAGUUUGGUGUUUUGGGAACACGCUCUUUGGGACGGGAAGCUUCCAGCUGAAUCCGUUUCACGCGGCGACUCAGGCCGGGCUGUUGUCCACCGCUCCGGGCGGUUACCGUGGUAACCGCUGAGUCACGGUGUUCUCUUUGCCAUGGCGACGGGCCACUUCCUCCCCCGGCCGAGGCCCGAGAGCCAGACGUUUAUUUUAAGGAACGUCUGAGCUGCUCCUCGGAGCCUCGUGCUGCGUUCAGGCGCCCCCGCAGAGCGUAGGACCUCAGCCCUUUUCUUCUCCUCUUUAUCAAUUUUUCCUCUCAACCUCUUUUUCCUCAACUUCCAUCCAGGAAACCGCUAUCACCAGGAGAACCUUCCCUUCUGUCUGUAAAUGUUUUCGCUGUUGAUCUGUGCUGCUGCCAUGGAGACGGCCAUGUGCUGUUUAGCUGCUCCAGAGUGCUUUUACUUUGAAAAAGUACAACAACAACAAACAACAUUUGGAACAAAUCCAUCCACAUAUGUUUUCCACUUUGUACACAAAUGUAAAAAAGGACAAACUGAAAGAAGACACACACUGUUUGAAGGAUGUGUGUCAAAAAAAGAAAAAGUCUUUCUGAAUUUCUGAAUUAUGUUGAAUUAGUACAAAAUCAGGUUUUUUCUGGUUAUUUCAUAAAAGAAGAUGAGCACAGUCACACUGAGCCUUCUGCACUUCUUUGUUGGUGUCACUGAAGUCACUGGCUCUUCCACAGAUAUCAAUCUCAUCAUCAUCGGCCAAUCAGGAUUUUUUAAAGAAAUAGGAAAUAAUCUUAAACACUAAAGCGACACUAAAGCAAGUCAACACACAGCAACACGAACGCAGCACAACACUAACAAUCAGCUUUAAACACAACAACGUUCAGCAUGAUGAUCCUGUCAUGGAGCUGUUGUACGCAGGUACCCCCCUCUGACCGACCAAUGAGAGCGCACGUAUGACAUCAACAUUACAUCUUUGUCGGCACAUGUCCCACCUCACUUCUCCUUUAAUUCUCGGGAAACGUCCCUCUGUGGUCGGGACGAGGUUCUGCCAAAGAUCUGCACCUUUAAUGUUCAUGAAAACACAGCUCCUCCUCCUCCUCCUCUCACACACACACACACACACACACACACACACACACAGAAAAAUAAUGGUUGCUUCUUUAAAUUGAAUUUAAUCUUGGAAAAAAAACUUUGAAAGCCUUGAAAACCUUUUUUUCAUGGAAUAUCUCAGCUCCAUCAUUUUUCUCUCCUGGCCCUAACACACCACCGUGAGUUUGGACCAUUUACACAAAUAGUUCUUGGUGGAACUUGAAAAAGAAGAUUUUCCCAGCGCAUCACUCUGAAGAACCUUUUUCGGGUUCCAAACAGCACCUUUAUUUUUCUGUGUUCUCCCUCCCUCCUCCCCCCACCAGUACAGCAACACUGGAGAACUCCUUCCCUUUACGUCUCCACACGUUCCACACACACACACACACACACACACCACGUUCCACAGGACGUGUGUGGAGCAGCCGGCCGCUCUCUCUGUGUGGAGAGACGAGACCUUGUUGUGUUCAUCUGCCCUUCUUCAUUCUCUGUAAUUAUUUGGAUGUUUUGUUUUGUUGUGCUGUUUAUUGAAGAUGUGUGCGUUAUUGAUUUUAUUGAAAAGUGUCUGUAUUAUGAAAAUAUGUUGCCUCGUAUCGUAUGAAAGCUUUUGUUAAUAGUGUUGAGCUCCACGAUGCCUCCAACCUGCUGCCACGACUGAAAAUCACACCGGACUUUGAUUACAUUUUUAUUUUAUUUUAUAAUAACUGUUUUUUGGGGUUUUUUUUUUUUUUUUUUGGCUGGUUCUUGUCUCAGCGGCUGUGUUUACAUGCUCACCAGUGUCCUGCUCAUCUUUCAUUUGAAUCUGUUCAUCCUUCAUUAAUAGACAUGAUUUUUGCAACUUAGCCUUGAUGUGAAAUUUAUUUGCAGAUUCACAGAUUAACAUUUCAUUCUCAUCUGAAUUUGAUUUGGAUUAUUCUGGAUUAUUGAUGAUGAUUUUUUUUUUAAUCCUCUUACAAACAGUCGAUUUCCAUACAUUCACAGAUCUGGGAGGUAUUUUUAACAAGGGGAAAAAUAAUUAUGAUGAUGAUAAAAAUAAAUGAAUAACUCAAUAAUCCCAGGUGGGUUCAUUCUCAAAGUAAUAUUUCAGUGUAUCACACAAUUUUUGUUCCACAUUCUCUUUUGUACUUUAUACUAAAGAUGUUUCGUUUUGAAAAGCAACAAAAUCCACAUUUGUGAAUAAAAUACUGAGCCAACAUUAUAAUAUGGUUCAGCAGGAAUUCAA